GCCUCUCCCAACUUAAUUGAUUGAUCACUGCAUGGAAGUGUCACUCACUCAGUCCAUAGCCACACAGCUGUCCUAUCAGCCAACCCCCUAGCCGCGCACCCAUCGCUUCCACAACACCAAGCUGGUGUCACAGAGCUCCCUCCCCACCCUCAUCACACAGUAAUUGUGCACCGCACCCCGCCUCCACCAAAACAACUCAACCAGGUCAUGGCCACGGUGCCUGCCACACAACACACACAUAACCCAUUAACUAAGGAAUGGCGACUUCCUCCCCCUCGCUCCACCCCCCCAGCUGACCUGAUUGGAUGGGAUUCACUGCCAUGGUUGGUGCUGCGGCGGGCCGGGAAGCAGAGGCCUCACACCUGCCGCCUGCAGGGCCUGCAUCAGAUGCGCCACGGCCGCCGGGUCCAUCGAUGAAUCUGCCACACGAUAAUCACCAGCAGAGAGGAGAGAGAGAUGGGUGGGGUGCCCUCGUCUGUGUCGGCUACUGCGCUGCCCUCAUUACAUACUUGAUGCAGGUGGCUGUGAAGGCUGUGGGGGCUGUGGGGGCCUGGCCGAUAAUCCGGAUGAGUCGGUAGGCGGCUUGGUCUCACCCUCUUCGUCGUAGGACGAGAAGAACUCUGUCCAGUUGGACCGAUCUGAGACAGACAGAUAAACACACAGACACACAGAUGCCGAUGGUAUGCUACUGCCGUCCCAUUCCUCCAGCUCACCAGGCAUAGCGACGGCCCCUUCAGCCGCCUUGCCAGCAGCCCGGCCUCCUCCUUCGCUCCCCGUGUCUGUGCUCCUCUUGGCCCCGUCCGUCGUGAGCAACGGAGGCUUAGAGACCACAGGCGCACCCACCCUCACUGGGGCCGCUGCAGCCGCAGCAGCAUGCUGCUGCUGCUGCGGUUGGUGCACCACUGCCGCCCUAACAGCCGACACGUCACUGCCCCCACCCUGACCCUGCGCCGGCCCGUCUGAGCGAGGCAUUGGCGGCUUGUCCUCGAACUUCAUCGGUGGUCGCUGGAAGGCCCCUUGAGGCGGUCUUUCGAUCAGUGGAGGACCGCCAUUGUUGCUGUAGGGCUUGGCGAAGUGCGUGUGAGGGGGCGGCCGUGCGUAGGGGUCAUGCAUCAUGGACGGAGGGGGGCGGGGGGGUCCCUCGUAGGCCUCCCGUCGGCCGUUGAAGCGCCCACCGCCGUACGGACGGAACAAGGGGCCAUCUGUCAGAAGAAGGGACACACCAAACAUGAAUGAAUGACGAUCCAGGUGGGAGAUGGGCUCGCUGUCCAUCCGUACGUACCAUCUGGUGGGCACAGGGGUGGACGAAACUCGCCGCUCAUCGGAGGGCCGCGGGGAGGCCUCCUGCAACACAAGGACGGGACGUUGCUGCCAAAGAGUCUCGCCUUUCCCCCGUCGCUUACCCAUAAGGAUCUGGUGGGUAGAAUAUCGGUGGUGGGCCGUACCCACCACCCGGACCCUGACAAAAAACAACCAACCGACUCAGCCAAGCCAACCAGAUACACUCGUUCGUCCAUCGGCCGGCCGUCGAUCCCCUCCUGCUUACAGGUCUGUAGAAAUGUGGGUCCAUCGGGCCUCUGGGCGGGCCAAGGUACUCGCCUCGAAACGGUCGCGGCCCCGGCGGCCGCAUGAACGGCGGUGGGGGUCCGUCAUGGACAAACCGAUCGUCCUGACAAACAAACAGGCGGGAAGAGAGGAGCAUACAUCCCAAUGAGUCAGUGAAUCUGUGCAGGAGGUUUUCCGGGUUUCCAUCCUCUCUGCAUAUGAACGUAGUUACCUCUGCUUCAUGUCUGUGUCUGUGUGGUCUUGGUCCUCUGAAGGAACCGCCGCCGCCACCACGGAAAGGCGGAGGGCCCGGCCUACACCCACCACCACCAUUCCCGUGUGGCUCACAGAGUGUCAGACUGCCUGCCUGUCUGUCUGUCUGCCCGGCGUCUCUUCAGCCACAGUGAGCGUGUACCUGAAUCGCCGGCCGUUGUGUGGCCUGUCGUCCCUCCAGUCGUGGCGAGGACGGUCACGGUCGCGAGACCUGAAAAGGGAUGACAUUCAGGCAGGCAGGCAGGCAGGCAUCAGAGUGAGAGAUGUGGUGGGUGCCCCGCGUGUGAGCUGAGCUACCUGGAUCGAUGAUCUCUCCUCCUCUCCCACCAGUCGCCCGAGCGAUGGUCAUCCCUGCAGUGCACACACAUCCAUCCACACACUCACUCACGGACGACGAUCAUCAAGAAGACGUCACAUCUGUCGCAUCACAUGCAUCUCUUACACACCUGUCCCAUUUGCCCGUGUGCUUCUGGGGUGCACCAUGGUCACGGCGAUGCCUAUCAGACCUCCUGGCCAGACAGACAGACAGACAAACACUCACACACGAUAUUGCAUGUGUACCUCCGUUGGUCGAGGUCAGGUGCGACUUUCUCUGCCGAAUCGCGCUGUGCCGCUUUUUCUUUUCCGUCUGCAUCAUUGGUGUCGGUUGGCGUCCCCAUGUGUUGUCGUUUGUCCCGCUCCCUCUCCAUCCUGCCGAUUUCCUGGUCCUCGUGCAGACCCACAUCAGCCUGGCGCACACGACGCUUCCGGCCAAACUCAUCCGUGAUGGUCACCAUCUGACAUACACACAGUCAGACACACCGACAGGCAGACAGACAGACAGACAGCAUACAGAACACGCCACUUCUAUGCGUGUAAUACCUGCUCAUCUGUAUCAUCACCGUCUUGACUUGUUUCUUUUGCGUCGUUGCUGUUGCCUGCUUGUUCGCCGUCCUUGGCAUGAGUCACCGCCCCGUUCUGGGCCGCCUCGGGGCACUCUUGAUCUCCAGCUGGCUCGGUGACGUUGGUCGGGGCUGCAUUUUUCCCUCCAUUUUCAAUCGGAUCUCCGCUCUCGGGCUCGUCCUGCUCCAUCAUGCUUUGCCACGGCGCUGUUUCUGUCUUUC